UUUGUUUUGAAUUGCUGCAGCUGAUAUUUAUCAACCAAUCAGCUUCUGACAACGAUUCUAUUUUAUUGUGCGUCACUGCCUAGUGUAUAAAACUUCACAGCUUAGCCAUUUCUUUUUAGAAAUUUUGUUAAAUAGCAUCCGAUAAAGGAUACGCAAACAAAGUCAAAAUGCAGAUUUUUGUUAAGACAUUAACUGGCAAAACUAUCACACUAGAGGUUGAGCCUAGUGACACGAUUGAGAAUGUGAAAGCAAAGAUCCAGGACAAAGAAGGAAUUCCACCUGAUCAGCAGAGGUUGAUCUUCGCUGGUAAGCAAUUGGAAGAUGGUCGUACCCUGUCUGACUACAAUAUUCAGAAAGAAUCUACACUUCACUUGGUUCUAAGAUUGAGAGGAGGUAUGCAGAUCUUUGUCAAAACUUUGACUGGCAAGACCAUAACCUUGGAAGUUGAACCCAGUGACACCAUUGAAAAUGUAAAGGCUAAAAUCCAAGACAAAGAAGGUAUUCCCCCUGACCAGCAACGUUUAAUUUUUGCUGGCAAGCAGCUCGAAGAUGGCCGUACACUUUCAGAUUAUAACAUACAGAAAGAAUCAACUUUGCAUUUGGUACUCAGACUAAGGGGAGGUAUGCAGAUUUUUGUUAAAACUCUAACUGGGAAGACAAUUACUCUAGAAGUUGAACCAAGUGAUACAAUUGAAAAUGUAAAAGCUAAAAUCCAAGACAAAGAAGGUAUUCCACCUGAUCAGCAACGUCUGAUUUUUGCUGGAAAACAACUUGAAGAUGGUCGCACUCUUUCGGACUAUAACAUUCAAAAAGAAUCUACACUUCACUUGGUGCUGAGGUUGAGAGGUGGUAUGCAGAUUUUCGUCAAAACACUUACUGGUAAAACAAUCACAUUAGAAGUAGAGCCUAGUGAUACUAUUGAGAACGUUAAAGCCAAAAUCCAAGACAAGGAAGGAAUUCCUCCUGAUCAGCAAAGGCUUAUCUUUGCAGGUAAACAGCUUGAAGAUGGUCGCACUCUUUCAGACUAUAACAUUCAAAAAGAAUCCACUCUCCACUUGGUGUUGAGGUUAAGAGGUGGUAUGCAAAUUUUUGUCAAAACUUUAACUGGAAAAACCAUCACAUUAGAAGUUGAGCCUAGUGACACCAUAGAAAAUGUAAAGGCAAAAAUCCAAGAUAAAGAGGGUAUUCCACCUGACCAACAGCGUUUAAUUUUUGCCGGCAAACAGCUUGAAGAUGGGCGUACAUUAUCAGAUUAUAACAUCCAAAAAGAAUCUACUUUGCAUCUUGUAUUGAGGCUGAGAGGAGGAAUGCAAAUUUUUGUGAAAACUUUAACCGGAAAGACCAUAACUUUAGAAGUAGAGCCUAGUGAUACAAUUGAAAAUGUGAAAGCAAAAAUUCAAGAUAAGGAAGGCAUCCCUCCAGAUCAACAAAGGUUGAUUUUCGCUGGUAAGCAGUUAGAAGAUGGAAGAACAUUGUCCGAUUACAAUAUCCAAAAAGAAUCCACCCUCCAUUUGGUUCUAAGAUUGCGUGGUGGUAUGCAAAUAUUUGUCAAAACUCUGACAGGAAAGACUAUUACACUAGAAGUUGAACCAAGUGAUACCAUAGAAAAUGUGAAAGCUAAAAUUCAAGAUAAGGAAGGUAUUCCACCCGAUCAACAGCGUCUGAUUUUUGCUGGUAAGCAGCUUGAAGAUGGCCGAACCCUCUCAGAUUACAACAUCCAAAAAGAAUCUACACUCCAUCUGGUUUUGAGGCUUCGAGGUGGUAUGCAGAUAUUUGUGAAAACAUUGACUGGCAAAACAAUAACUUUGGAAGUAGAACCUAGUGAUACUAUUGAAAACGUAAAAGCCAAAAUUCAAGAUAAAGAAGGAAUUCCUCCCGACCAACAGAGACUUAUUUUUGCUGGUAAACAGCUAGAGGAUGGUCGAACACUCUCCGACUACAACAUUCAGAAGGAGUCCACACUUCAUCUCGUAUUGAGGUUGCGUGGUGGUAUGCAGAUCUUCGUAAAAACUCUAACAGGGAAAACAAUUACUUUAGAGGUUGAACCAAGUGACACUAUUGAAAAUGUUAAAGCCAAGAUCCAAGAUAAAGAAGGUAUUCCUCCCGACCAACAACGUCUGAUCUUUGCCGGGAAGCAGUUAGAAGAUGGCCGCACCUUAUCUGACUAUAACAUCCAAAAGGAGUCAACAUUACAUCUUGUGUUGAGGCUCAGAGGAGGCAUGCAAAUUUUCGUUAAGACUCUAACAGGAAAAACCAUCACUUUAGAGGUGGAGCCCAGUGACACAAUAGAAAACGUCAAAGCUAAAAUUCAAGAUAAAGAAGGAAUCCCCCCAGAUCAGCAAAGGCUUAUUUUUGCCGGAAAACAACUAGAAGAUGGUCGAACAUUGUCAGACUACAACAUACAGAAAGAAUCCACACUUCAUCUUGUCCUGAGGCUGCGUGGAGGAAUGCAGAUCUUCGUUAAAACACUAACAGGCAAGACAAUUACUUUAGAAGUUGAGCAGAGUGAUACUAUUGAAAAUGUCAAAGCAAAAAUUCAAGACAAAGAGGGUAUCCCUCCCGAUCAGCAGCGUCUCAUUUUUGCCGGCAAGCAACUUGAAGAUGGGCGAACCCUUUCAGACUACAACAUUCAAAAGGAAUCCACUCUUCAUUUGGUACUCCGUCUGAGAGGAGGAAUGUAAGGCUGACCAAAAUGAAUCAGUAAAGAGUCUUAUUCUUCACUUAGUGUUGCGCCUUUAUGAAAGGCUGUGAUUGCAUCAAAAAUGAACUUUUUUUUUUCUUAAAUAUUUGUGAUUAAAGCUAAAUUUUGUUUAAUUUUGAUAUUUUAGUAUGAGCAGAAUAAAGUUUAUUGUUCAAAGCAUUAAA